GUUAAUUUGUGGUCAUCACAGUCUCUGCCACAGCGUUUAAGUCUAGCACCUGAGUAUUGCGAUAUCUACAGUGCAUGCAGACAUUGUGAACUUCACACUGCCUCUGAAGUCUGGCUCAUUCUACUAUUAUAGCAUGUUUAAGUGCAGCUAGAUGUGUAUGGCUGAAUUCCACAUCUUGAUUAUGCAGAGUGAUGAGGUGAAUGUCACCAAUGUGAAGGUUACACAGUCAAAUAAAUGGAUUUGGGAAAAAGCUGAACAAGAACUCGUCAAGAUAAUCAUCAUUGUUGUGGCAAUGACAAUAAUGGUGGUCGUGAUCGUUUGCUUGCUGAACCACUACAAGCAUUUAACAAGGUCUUUCAUAAACCGACAGAGUCAGGCCAGGCAGCACGAGGAAGUUUUACAGCCUGAAGGGUGCCUAUGCUCAGCAGAUACCACAGUAUCUCAUCAUGGCGUUUCAGAGCUGAUGUAUACUCCAAGAUCAAGGGACAGAUUCACAGCCCCAUCAUUCAUGCAGAGGGAACGCUUUAGCCGCUUUCAACCCACAUACCCCUACAUGCAACAUGAGAUUGAUCUUCCUCCCACUAUUUCACUGUCAGAUGGAGAGGAACCUCCUCCGUAUCAGAGGCUGUGUACAUUGCAACUUCGAGAUCCAGAACAACAAUUGGAACUCAAUCGUGAGUCUGUCAGGGCUCCACCUAACAGAACCAUAUUUGAUAGUGACUUGAUCAAUGUCUCUAUGUAUAAUGGAGGACCAUGCCCACCAAGCAACAAUUCAGGCAUAAGUGCAACAAAUUAUAGCAGCAAUGGAAGGAUGGAAGGACCACCACCCACUUACAGUGAGGUCAUGGGUCAUUAUCCAGGGUCAGCAUUUUUCCAUCACCAGCACAACGUGCCUCCUUCAACACACAGGGACAGUGAACACCAUUUUCAGCAGGAUAGUGAAGACAGUACAAUUGUCCCAUUCAGAGGGAAGGACUUGAACGCAGGAAAAAUUGUUUAACUGCCUGUAUGGAUGUGUGAACUGAAACAGGUGUGACACCAUUGAGUUGCACUCCUGUGACACAUUGUUAUUGAGUGGGAAUUGUUUCAAUUUAGUAAAACCAAACAAAGUUGUUAACUUUCUUUGAGGAGUGCAUGAUAUAUUGAUUCUAACAGUAUAUAACUUCCACUUUGGCAAACUAGCAGCUUUUGGCCAACAGUUUUUGUAUCUGGAUUACUUCAUUUGAAAAAUUCUUAACACAGAAUUUCUGAUGUUAGCUUGUAGAUCUUUUUUGUAGUCACUGAAUUGCUGGAUGCAUAAGGCGUUUAAUGAUAACUGUACCAUUUUGGCCAGUUUUGUGAUAUUUUCAAACGGAAAAGAACUUUAAUUCCUUUGAGUGCCAAGACAAUAGAGUGGAAGAAAAAAUGCAAUGAACUAACUUGUUUGUGAAAAAAUUAAAUGUUGCACUAUUUUCUUGUUUGAGAAAAGGGGAAUUGCUUUAGGUGGAAAACUUUAACUGCCUUUACUUUGUUCCACAUAUGUGAAAAUAAGAGAGUUUCUAAGGAUGUAGGUAAAUUAGUUAGUGUUUUCAAUGCAUGGAGGUUGUUUGUCAAAAGAGAUUUCUGGUUGCACCCUAAUGCCUGUUUACACAGGAAAUGGAAAAUACAGGGACACAAAGUGUUAACUGUCAUUGCAAUAACUAUUAGGAACAUUAUGGUGAGAAUUUAUAUCUUGAAGUUCCCAAGAUGGAAGGUGGUUUCAAGCUCCAAAUUUGCAGCUAUUUAGAAUAUAUAGUGAUGCAUAAUUUCAACUGCUCAAAGACUACAGCAUAUUUGCACAUCCUUAACUUUAGGCUCACUGAAAUUAGUGAAAAGAAGUAGUGUAAAGUGGACUUUAUAGGGUAUCAUAUUAAGGGGUCUUCAUUUAAGUAUUCUCACAUUACAUUUGCAAAUGUCAAAACUGUUCGAUAACCGUUCAGUUCAUUAUACAUUCAGUCUAUAGAAAACAAACUUGAAUGCUUAAACUUGAAAGCUUGUGGUCAAAUCUAGAAAAAAUAGAUAAUAAUUUAGUUCUAGUUCAGUCAUAAUAUGCAGUGACUUUAAGGUUC